AUGGUCCAAGGAUCUUUGAAUAGUGAGAAUCAAGUACUUAAUCUUGAAGAACCCCUUUUGGAUCAUGGUGUUAAUAAUGCUAAAACAAGAGGGUGUGAUACUGUGACUCCUUACGAAAAUGCCGGUCUUUUCCAUACUCUCUUUUUCUCUUGGUUAACUCCUUUACUUGCAUUGUGCAUCGAGAAAUCAACCUUAGAGCUUGAAGAUAUUCCUCAACUAGGCCCUUCUAAUAGUGUGUUUGGAGUAUUUCCAGUGUUCCAAAGGCUUUUUGAGUCAUCGUCACUAGCCGAUAAACAAGAUAAUGUCAGUGGUGGUGGUAGUAUUAGAGUUGUUACUACUAAGUUUGGGCUUGCAAAGGCAUAUUUCUUGUUGGUUUGGAAGGAAAUCUUUUGGACAGCUCUCUUGGGGAUAAUAUACACACUAGCUCAAUUUGUUGCUCCAUAUCUUAUUGAUAGCUUUGUUCAAUGCCUUAAUGGUAGAGAGAUUUUUAAAAAUCAAGGCUAUAUUCUUGCUUUGACAUUUUGUGCCACAACUUUUCUUGAGAAUUUCAUACGGAGACAUUGGAUCUUUAAAAUGCAACAGAUUGGAAUUAGGAUUCGAGUAGUGACAACUGUAAUGCUAUACAAUAAGAGCUUGACCCUUCCUUCUUGGUUGCCACAAUUACAAGGCGACCAGCAGGGUAGUGGUGGUAGUGGAGGAGAACUUAUCAAUGCCAUGGCUGUUGAUGUCGAGAGAAUCGAAGCUUUCAUUGUUUACAUGCAUGAUACAUGGUUAAUCUUUUUCCAAAUCGGUUUAGCUUUGCUAAUUUUAUACAAGAAGUUGGGAUUUCUUGCCACCGUUGGUUCUUUUGCUGUAACAAUAAUUUUUGUGGUAGCAAACUCUCUAUUUAUGACAUGGCAGGAGAAGUUUCAAAAAAAGCUUAUGGAAUCUAAGGAUAAUAGAAUGAAGGCAACUAUUGAGACUCUAAGGAAUAUUAGAGUUCUUAGGUUUCAAGGAUGGGAGAUGAGUUUUUUGUCUAAGAUUUUUCAACUAAGAGAAGUGGAGAUGCAAUGGUUGAAGAAAUAUCUAUAUAGUUCAGUAGUGAUGGGUUUUUCUUAUGAGAUAGGUCCAACUUCAGUGGCUUUGGUUGCUUUUGGCUCUUGUAUAUAUAUGGGAAUCCUGCUUGACAUGGGGCAAAUUUUGUCUGCACUUGCUACCUUUCGGGUUCUUCGACAGCCCAUCUUCCUCCUACCUGAUACUUUAUCCUUGCUAGUCCAAGCCAAGGUUUCCCUUGGGAGAAUCGCCUCUUUUCUUUCCCUCCAUGAGCUCCAAGAUGAUGGUUUAGAGAAGCUGCCAUUGGGCAGUUCUGAUACAUCAGUUGAGAUCGUUGCUGGGAACUUCACUUGGGAUAGUAAUUCUUCAUCUACUACUACGGCAACAUUAAAAGACAUAAAUUUAAAAGUGUCUUGUGGUAUGAAGGUUGGCAUAUGUGGUACAGUUGGUUCAGGUAAGUCGAGCUUACUUUCUUGCAUUUUGGGUGAAAUGCCUAGGAUCUCAGGGGUAGUUAAGCUGUGUGGGACAAAGGCUUAUGUUGCUCAGUCACCUUGGAUACAGAGUGGUACGGUUCAAGAGAACAUAUUGUUUGGUAAGGAUAUGGACCGACAAAUAUAUGAUCAAGUACUCGAAGCUUGUUGUCUUAAAAAGGACUUGGAAGUCCUUUCAUUUGGUGAUCAAACUAUUAUUGGUGAUAGAGGUAUCAACUUAAGUGGUGGACAGAAGCAAAGAAUACAAAUUGCUCGCGCUCUCUACCAUGAUGUGGAUAUUUAUCUAUUUGAUGACCCUUUCAGUGCUGUUGACGCUCAUACUGGUUCUCAUCUAUUCAAGGAAGUAUUGCUUGGUGUACUGAGAGGGAAAACUGUUAUUUAUGUUACUCAUCAAGUUGAGUUCUUAAACACUGCUGAUCUAAUUGUGGUCAUGAAAAAUGGAAGGGUUGCACAAGUUGGAAAGUAUGAAGACAUUCUCGUUCCAGGGUCUGAUUUUACACAGCUUGUAGGUGCACAAAAUGCAGCUCUGUCGGCACCUAUUUCUGCAGAUAAUACAAAAAGUGUAAUCAGCCUUGAAAAUGUGAAUAGUGAAGUAGAUGAUGAUGGGGGUGCUGCUAGUUCUGCACCUGCAGCACAGCUCGUAAAAGAAGAAGAACGUGAGAGGGGUAAAGUCGGGUUCCAUGUCUAUUGGAAAUAUAUCACAACAGCAUAUGGAGGAGCUCUGGUGAUUCUUGUAAUUCUAGCCGCAAUUAUCUUACAAAUUCUUCAAAUAGGGAGCAAUUAUUGGUUGGCUUGGGCAACUCCACCGUCAAAGGAUGUAAACCCUGCUGUUAGUGGAUGUACGCUACUGAUUGUCUAUGCAUCCUUGGCUAUUGGCAUAUGUUUCUUCACCCUUGUUGUAGACACGCUUCUUGUAACCACGGGAUAUAAAACUGCUAUCACACUUUUUAAAAAAAUGAUGGAGACCAUGUUUCGUGCUCCUAUGUCCUUUUUUGAUGCUACACCUGCUGGAAGGAUUCUUAACAGAUGUUCUACUGAUCAAAGUGCUGUGGAGACUCGAAUUCCGUCCAUACUUGAGGGUCUCAUUUCCCUCACCAUCCAACUUCUAGGAAUAAUUGCUUUGAUGUCUACAGUAGCAUGGGAAGUUUUGUUUAUAUUCAUCCCCUUGAUCUUCGCCUCCAUCUGGUAUCAGCAAUACUAUAUGCCUGCAUCAAGAGAAUUAUCACGAUUGAGUCGAGUUUGUGAAGCUCCAGUUAUUCAAUAUUUUGCUGAAACAAUUUCGGGAAUAACAACUAUAAGAAGCUUUGAUCAAGAGUCAAGAUUACAGCCAACAUAUAUGAAAAUCGUAGAUGCGUAUUCUCGCCCUGAAUUCCAACUUGCUGCUGCAAUGAAAUGGCUAAUGUUGCGGCUGGAUGCAUUCUCUUGUGUUACAUUUUCCUUCCUUUUGGUUCUCUCGUUGUACUUCAGAGAAAGCAUAGAUCCUGCAAUUGCAGGGUUAGCCGUGACAUAUGGACUCACCCUAAGUUUUAAGCUCUCUGCAUUAAUAUGGUGUGUAUGCCAUUGGGAAACCAAAAUGAUAUCAGUUGAGAGAAUUCUUCAGUACAUGAGCAUUCCUAUUGAAGCUCCUCUUAUUAUUCAAGAAAACAGGCCAGCUAGUUCCUGGCCGUCACGUGGUGAAAUAAGUAUUCACAAUUUGCAAAUUCAGUAUGCUCCACAUUUGCCACUCGUGCUACACGGGGUGACAUGCACUUUUCCAGGAGGGCUGAAAACUGGUAUUGUGGGAAGAACGGGAAGUGGGAAAUCAACUCUGAUCCAAGCACUUUUUCGGAUAGUUGAGCCUACAAAAGGUCAUAUUGUGAUCGAUGACAUUAAUAUCUCUUCCAUUGGACUCCAAGAUUUGAGAUCAAAACUGAGCAUUAUUCCUCAAGAUCCAACCAUGUUUCAAGGAACUAUACGAAGCAAUUUAGACCCACUUGAGCAGUACACAGAUGCACAGCUUUGGGAUGUUUUGGAUAAGUGUCAACUUGGAGAUGAAGUCAGGAACAUGGAAAGAAAAUUGGAUUCUAAUGUUCAUGAGAACGGGGAGAACUGGAGCAUGGGUCAGAGACAACUAGUUUGUCUUGGGCGAGUAUUACUCAAGAAAAGCAAAGUGUUGGUCCUUGAUGAAGCGACUGCAUCAGUUGACACAACCACUGAUAAUCUUAUACAACAAACUCUUAAGCAUCAUUUUGCAGAUUGUACCCUUAUUACCAUUGCACAUCGCAUCACUUCUGUUCUUGACAGCAACAUGGUCUUGCAUCUUAGUCAUGGGCUCGUUGAGGAAUGUGGUUCUCCUACAAGCUUGUUACAAAACAAGAAUUCUUCGUUCUCAAAACUUGUUAAAGAGUAUAUGUCAAGGUCCUCUAAUUCAAGCGACGACCCUUUUUAGACUACUCAUGAAGAAUAGAUGAUGAUGUUGUCAUUGAUAUGGUGCUAGUGCGGGUCAAUUGUUGCUGGCUUGCUGGCUGCUGCUCCAGAGUCCAGUCUUUCCUUCCACCUUUGGUCCGAAAACUCAUCAGAUGGAUGUAGGCGCAAUUAAACUAGGGGUAAAAUUAUAAUCAAAUAUUGAUAGAGACUUGAUAUCAGUUAGGACUUAGGAAGUAGGGUCAAUUCAUUGCAUUACCAUACAACUCAAGGGUAUUGAGCUUGAUAUGGGUGUUUUUGACAAGACAACAGGAGAUAUUCGAUCAUUUUAUAAUA